CAAUAAUUGGUGUGAAUUUUUUACAGAAAAUACAAAAUAAAUAAAAAACGUUAAAAUGGAAAUGAUAUUAGCAAAUGUUAAUAAUAUCUACUUUAAAGUAGAAAAGGAUUUAACAGAACAAGUGGGUGCCAUAUCAUUGCCGUUUUUUGGCAUGGAUAAGUCGGUGGCAGCAGUUUGUCAAUUUCUUAACUCUAAGAAUGGAGUGGAAUGCAGCAAAGGUGUAAUGUGUCCAUUUCGACAUAUACGGGGAGAUCGAACUAUAGUCUGUAAACAUUGGCUGCGCGGCCUGUGUAAAAAGGGAGACCAAUGUGAAUUUUUACACGAAUUUGAUAUGAAAAAGAUGCCUGAGUGUUACUUUUACUCUCGUUUCAAUGCUUGUCAUAACAAAGAAUGCCCCUUUCUGCAUAUUGACCCGGAAAGUAAAAUUAAGGACUGUCCCUGGUACGAUCGUGGAUUCUGCCGUCAUGGACCUCACUGCCGACACCGUCACGUCAGAAGAGUUUUGUGCAUGAAUUAUUUGUCUGGCUUUUGUCCAAACGGCUGGAACUGCAAGCACAUGCAUCCGCGUUUUGAAUUGCCCCCAAGUGCCGACCUCAGUAAGGAAACUUUUCAAAAGAAAGUACCUACAUGCCACUUUUGUGGUGAAUUCGGGCAUAAAGCUUCUGUAUGUAAAAAGAAUCCUGAAAGUAAUACAGAACAACUUACAACAAAACCGGCAUCCAAUGCUCGUUACCAAAACUAUUGUGGUCCGAACAAUUCUGGUCAGCCUAGUAAUCAACAUAAAGAUACCCAAGAAAAUCUAAGCAUUGAGGGUGGCAAUGAUGAAAAUACUGAUACUACUUCGAACACGUCUGCUGCUACCAACAAUGGUCCUCCAUAUCCUAAAGUAUCUAAACCAUUAGACGAGAUUACUUGUUAUAAAUGCGGUAACAAGGGUCAUUAUGCUAACAAAUGUCCUAAAGGCCACUUAGCUUUUCUUUCUAAUCAUCGUAGUCACAAAUGAUGUAUCCCUCAUAAUAUGUAUAUGUUUUAAUUUAAGGUUAUAAUUUUUCAAAUUCAAUUACCGUAAUAAAAUUUAUUGGAAACAGAUAA